AUGGCGCUGGCAAAGGAACCAAUCGCCAUCAUCGGCUCGGCAUGUCGCUUCCCAGGCGGCGCGUCUUCACCAUCAAAACUAUGGGACCUACUCAAAGAGCCACGGGACGUCUUGAGCGAGUUCUCCAAGGACAGGCUUGCCCUUUCGAAUUUUUACAACAGCAACCCCGACUUCCACGGGAGCACAAACGUCCAGAACAAGUCCUACCUCCUCAGCGAGGAAGUUGGACUGUUUGACGCCGGGUUUUUCCACAUAAACGCCGUCGAGGCCGAGGGCAUGGACCCCGCGCAACGCAUCCUGCUAGAGACCGUCUACGAGGCCAUGGAGGCCGCAGGAGUGGCCGACAGGGUUCGAGGCUCUCAGACGUCCGUGUUCGUGGGCCUCAUGACGGCAGAUUGGGCCGACAUACAAAUGCGCGACACGGAGACUUUACCGACGUACGCGGCGACGGGGACGGCGAGGAGCAUAGCUUCGAACCGCAUCUCGUACCUGUUCGACCUCAGGGGUGCUUCCAUGACCAUCGACACGGCCUGCUCGAGCUCCCUCGUGGCCCUGCACCAAGCGGUUCAGAGCCUCCGGAAUUCAGAAUCAACCACAGCCAUCGUGGCAGGGGCCAACUUGAUUUUGGACCCAACCAUUUAUAUCUCUGAGUCAAAGCUGCACAUGCUCUCCCCGGACUCUCGGUCCCGAAUGUGGGACGCGUCGGCAAACGGCUAUGCCCGAGGCGAAGGAACCGCCGCCCUGAUCCUCAAGCCCCUGAGCAGGGCCAUCGCGGAUGGGGACCAGAUUGAGACAAUAAUCAGGGAGACGGGUGUCAACUCAGACGGUCGCACGCCCGGCAUCACAAUGCCCAGCCCCGAUGCACAAGCAGAUUUGAUUCGAUCCACAUACAGAGCGGCCGGUCUCGACCCUGCGGUAGACCGUUGCCAAUAUUUCGAAUGCCACGGCACGGGAACCCAGGCCGGAGACCCCAUCGAGGCGCAGGCUAUCGCCAAGGCCUUCUUCCCCGAGAGUCAAAAGCAAGCCCAAAGUGAGGAGGACAAGCUGUACGUGGGUUCAAUAAAGACAAUCAUCGGCCAUCUUGAGGGUUGCUCUGGGUUGGCUGGUGUUCUCAAGGCGUCGCUUGCAAUACAGAAAAAGAUGCUUCCACCAAAUCUCUUGUUCAAAGAACUCAACCCCGCGGUUGCGCCCUACACAAAAAACCUAGAGCUUGUCCAAAAGGCCAUGCCCUGGCCGGCCACGACGAGCGAAUGUCGCCGCGCCAGCAUUAACAGCUUCGGCUUCGGCGGCACGAAUGCCCAUGCCAUACUCGAAAGUUAUGAGCCUCCCGACGAAAAGCCACCUCGGGAGGAACCGGACACGCCCGACUGCCUAGGACCUCUUGUCUUCAGCGCUGGCUCAUUCCCGUCACUGGUAAACAUGGUUCGGGAGUACUCGGGAUAUAUCAAGUCGAACCUAUCUGUUGAUCUGAAUGAUUUGGCUUGGACGCUGCAAACAAAACGGGAGCUCAUGUCCUUUAAGCAAUAUUUUUCAGGCUCUACUAGGGAAGAUGUGUGCCGGAAUAUGGACGUGUUUGUAUCCGAUCACACCAACGACGGCGUGGACGAAUCGGCAUCUUCUCCAAACGAGGCCCCUUUCUCAGAUGACGAACCACCAGCAAUCCUCGGAGUCUUUACUGGCCAGGGGGCUCAGUGGGCAACCAUGGGAGCCUCGCUUAUCCGGCAGUCACACGUCUUCCGCCAGUCCAUUGAACGCUGCGAGGCUGCUCUGGCGGCGCUGCCCGACCCUCCGUCUUGGUCACUAAAAGCCGAGCUGCUGGCGCCUGAAGAAAGCAGCCGGUUGAAGGAAGCCCUGAUCGCGCAGCCACUGUGCACCGCCAUCCAAAUCGCCACAGUAGACCUCGCCAGCGCCGCAGGAAUCAGAUUCGACGUGACUGUUGGCCAUUCGUCUGGCGAAAUCGCAGCCGCCUACGCCGCCGGCAUCAUCUCUGCCGACCACGCAACCGCAAUAGCCUACUACAGAGGCUACCACUCUUCCAAACUCGCCCAGAGCCCCGACGGACUAAAAGGUGCCAUGAUGGCCGUCUCGGUCUCGUUUGACACGGCAGCCGACCUCUGCUCGCAGCCCGACUGGGCAGGGCGCAUCAGCGUGGCGGCAAGCAAUGCGCCAACGAGCGUCACGCUGUCCGGAGACGUGACCGCCGUGGACCAGGCAAAGGCUUAUUUCGACGAAAAGGGCAUCUUUGCCAGGAGGCUGCUCGUCGACACGGCCUACCACUCGCACCACAUGCUGCCGUGCGCCGACGCAUAUCUGCAAUCUCUAAAGGCCCUGAACAUCACCGUCAACCAGCCCCGUCCCGGCUGCACUUGGUGCUCCAGCGUCCUCGGCGACGCCGUCAUCGAGGGUGACGACCUCCAGGCCCUCGCGGGACAGUACUGGGUCGACAACAUGGUGAAGCCUGUCUUGUUUGCCGAGGCCGUCGAGACCUCCAUCUGGAACGGCGGGCCGUUCACGCUGGCCAUGGAGGUAGGACCACAUCAGGCCCUGAAAGGUCCCACGACUCAGGUCAUCAAGUCGAUCCUCGACUCCGCCCCGCCGUACACUUCGUUCCUGCAUCGAGCCAAGGACGCAGUCGGGUCGUUUUCGGAAGCCGUCGGCCAGGUCUGGUCGGCUCUCGGACCCUCGUCUCUCGACCUCGGGGGUUACCGCGGGGCGUUUUUCAACUCGAGCCCGCGCAUCCUCAAGGGCCUCCCGUCGUACCCAUGGGACCACCGAAGGAGAUACUGGAGGGAGGGCCGAAUCUCCCGCAACUACAGGCUCCGCAGCACGACACCCCACGAGCUGCUGGGCCGCAGGGUCCCCGACGACACGGAGCACGAGAUGCGAUGGCGCAACAUCCUGCGGCUGGGCGAGGUCCCCUGGCUGCGUGGCCACAAGUUCCAGGGGCAGGUCCUCUACCCCGCGGCAGCGCACGUUGUGCAGGCCCUCGAGGCAUCGAGGUAUCUGGCCUCCGGUCGUCAAGCGAAGCUCAUCAAGCUGCAGGACGUCCGCAUCCACCACUCGAUUGUGCUUCAGGAGUCGUCGCCGGGCGUCGAGACGACCUUUACGCUGAAGCUGCUGGGCGACGGCGGUCUUUUAGACGAUGCAGACGUGGUAGAGGCCGAGUUUUACAGCAUGGAGUUUUCGGAGGAGACGGGCAGCGGCUCACCGAGGAAGACGGCAAGCGGUCGCCUUGUUCUGUAUUACGGGGACUCGUACGACGGUGGACUGCCGGCAGUCGAGGAGCAAAUCGAGUCGUCGUCCAUGUCCGAGGUGAAAAUCGACACCUUCUACGCUUGCACACAGGGUCUGGGUCUUGAAUACCACGACGCCUUCCGCGGGCUUGUUCGCGCUCACCGGACAAAGGACACCGCAAAAGUUGUAGCUGCGUGCUCGGGUGGCCGUGAUGCCAGCAGCAAAAGCAACAGCAGCAGCAGCAGCAGCAGCAGCACGCAUUACCUUGUUCAUCCAGUGUUGCUCGAUCUCGCGUUCCAAUCGAAUCUCGUGCCCCUCGUAUCUUCAGCCUCAGGGACCAUCAGCCAGCUAUAUCUCCCGACCACGUUCGACUCCGUCAUAGUUGACCCCAGCCGCCUUGUUGGGUUUUCCGUCCCUGGAGCAGCUGCCAACAUGGAAUCUUUCGUCACCCAGAUUUCUUCUUCUUCCAUGACGGGAGACAUCCACGUCCGGGCUGCCACAGACAGCAGCUCAGCCAGCAUUCAGGUCGAAGGGCUGGGUUGGAAGGCUCUUUCUAACGCCACUGCCGCCAAUGAUAGGCUGCUGUUUUCCAAGACGGUCUGGGAAUUGGAUGUUGCGGACGGCCUUGUUGACUGCAAUGACGACAGCAGCUUUGAUGGCGACGAGUUGAUCUUUGCCAUGGAGCGAAGUGCUCUUUUCUACUUCCAGGACCUGAUCCGGAACGUUGCGCGCCAGGAUGUUGCCACAUUUGCGUCGCACCACCAACGGCUUUUCGAGGCAGUCGAGGCAAAACUGGAUGAGGUUCGUGCCGGCAAAGCUGCCGUCGCCCAGCAGGACUGGCUAUGUGACAGCAGGCAGACCGUCGAUGACCUAAAAGCCAAGUUUCCCCAGAGCAUCGAACUGGAGCUCAUGUCCGCCAUCAACCAGGAACUGCUGUCGGUCGUGCGCGGCGAGACGCAGAUCCUCGAGGUCAUGCUGCAGAACAACAUGCUCAACCGAUUCUACCUGGACGGGGCCUACGCCGUCCGGCUCAACAGCUACAUCGCGGCCGUGGCCAAGCAGCUGUCGCGCAAGCACCCGCGGGCCAACGUGCUCGAGAUCGGGGCCGGCACCGGCGGCACCACGCGCAGCAUCCUCGACAGUAUAGGGCGGGAUGGCUAUUCGUCCUACACCUACACGGACGUCUCGUCGGGCUUCUUCCAAAAGGCCGCAGACAAGUUUGCCGACCACCGCGACAAAAUGGUGUUCAAGGUCCUCGACGUCGAGAAGCCCGUGGCGGCUCAGGGGUACCAGGAGGCGGCCUACGACGUCAUCUUCGCGGCCAACGUGCUCCACGCGACGCGGGUGCUGUCCGAGACGGUACGCCACGCGCGGUCCCUCCUGAAGCCCGGCGGCUUCCUCGUCCUGAUGGAGAUCACGGGCGACUCGCUGAUGGCUACUUACACCAUGGGAGCUCUGCCGGGCUGGUGGCUCGGGGUUGACGACGGCCGCCGCUUCAACCCGGGCGUUUCCGUGUCAGAGUGGGAUACGCUCUUGAAAGGUACCGGGUUUUCCGGCGUGGACAAGGUCGCUUAUGACUGUCCUGACCUGGCCAAGCACACCUUUUCGGUCCUCAUCAGCCAGGCCGUCGACGAGCAGGUCAAUCUCGUCAGGGAGCCGCUGUCGGCUUCCACCAUCGCGCUACCUCAGGAGCGCCUUUUGAUCAUUGGCGGCGCGGAGCAGCUUUCCGAACAGCUGAGUCGUCAGCUCCAGCUGCUUCUCCGGCGGCAAUGGUCACAAAUCACAGUUGCCCCCAGCCUCGACGCUCUGGAAAUUGACAGCCUCGACCAAAACACCGUCGUCAUCUCCUUAACCGAGCUCGACACGCCCUUCUUUUCCAGCAGCACCAUCACUGAUGAACGGCUCGCCAGGCUGCAGCAGCUCUUCUCGCGCGUGCGCAAGAUCCUCUGGAUGACCAACGGCGCCAUGGGGCGUGAUCCGCUCUCCAACAUGGUCGUCGGACUGGCCCGUUCUCUGCCCAAGGAGCUACCCCACCUCGCUCUGCAGUUCCUCGACAUGGUCGACAGCGCGGCCGAGGAGGGGACUCUGCCCGUCACCAUCGCAAAGGCACUCCUCCGCCUCGUCGUUCUGGCUCGGUCCGAACCGGCCAAGCGCGGUCCGUUUUACGCAAUCGAACCAGAGCUCAGGUUGGAAAAGGGCAGGUUGAUGAUUCCCAGAAUCGUCCUGGACCAGGCAAUGAAUCAGCGGUUCAACGCCAAACGCCGCCUCGUCACGCACACCCUUCACACCAAGUCGACGCCCAUCGAGGUCGUUGCCAAUCCCGAGCGACAAGGCCUUGUGCUGCAGGAUGCUGCACCAUUGCAGCACGCCUUGGAGGGGGGAGACGUGAUAGAUGUCCAGUACUCGACAGGCAUCGGAAAGGGACUUUUUUUGGCCGUCGGCUCGACGCGAGCAACGCCUUCGAGGCUUGUCCUUGCCCUGUCCGACACGGCCAGGAGCUCCAUGCGUCCCGCGCCCGAGAGGACUUUUGUCCUUGCCGACCAAACAUUGCACAAGGAGAAUCUGUCCCCGUCGGCCCUCCUACUGCAGACGGCAGGCCAUGCGAUCGCAAGCAGCGUCUUGCGACUGGUUCCUCGAGGGGCCGCGGCGCUGGUGCACGGAGCCACUGCGAGCGUCGCCGCCGCCAUACAAUCGCUGUCGCAAACAACGGACCAGCAGGUCUUCUUUUCGAGGUCCUCCUUUGAGAAGAAGCCAGAAGCCCCCGGGUGGAUCCAUGUCCAUCCGCACGCGACCAAACGAGCACUGCGCGCCGCGAUUACUCCAUGCAAGGUGCGCUGCUUGAUUGUCUUUGGGCAACCGUCUCUUGAAGCAGAGGCGUUGGCGUCAAGUCUCCCGUUCGAUUCAUCUGUUCACUAUCUCAACCAAGAUACGACCGUCCCUGUCGACAGAGGUCUUCUCCUCGAGGCCAUCUAUACCCACGCCCUCUCGAGCUGCUCGCUGAAUGAGCCAGUUCCCAACACCGUCGACGUCCGUACCGUUCCCGAAAUGGGGUGCGGCACCAUCAACUACCCAACCAUUCUCGACUGGACUCGGUCUUCCGAGAUGACGGUGGCCGUGAGGCAGCUAAGCCCCGGGCAGUCGAUCCGGCCCGAUAGGAGUUACCUGCUGGUUGGCAUGACAGGCGACCUGGGCCUCUCGAUCUGCAAGUGGAUGAUCACCAACGGAGCCCGGUACAUUGCUCUCGCCAGCCGCAGCGCCGAGGUCGACCGGUCGUGGCUGCAAGAAAUGGCCGCUCUGGGCGCCUCCGUCCAGGUUCACAAGAUGGACGUCACGGACCGCUCCUCAGUCCAGCGCGUCCUCGCCGACAUCAAAGCCACGCUGCCUCCCAUCGCAGGGGUGUGCAACGCCGCCAUGGUGCUGGACGACAAGCUCUUUGUCGACAUGACGGCCGAGUCACUGAACAAGGUCCUCGGGCCCAAGGUGCAAGGCUCAAGACUGCUCGACGACAUGUUCGGCGACGAGCUGGACUUCAUGGUCUUCUUCUCCUCCCUGGCCAGCGUCUUUGGCAACGCGGGCCAGUCCAACUACCACGCCGCCAACCUCUUCAUGCAGGGGCUGUGUGCGCGCCGGCGGGCCCGCGGCCUGGCCGCCUCCGUCAUGCACGUCGGCUUCGUCACCGACGUCGGCUACGUGGCCCGCAGCGGCCGCCGGUUCAAGAACCACAUGGGCAGGCUCUCGCUGCAGUUCAUGUCCGAAGGAGACCUGCACCACCUGUUUGCCGAGGCCGUCGUCAACAGUCGGCCGGGCAGCAGCGGCUCGUGGGACAUCAUCGCCGGCAUCGACCCGUUCGUCGAGGGCGUGGGGGCCACGGCGUCCGACCGCCUCCGCCCGCCGUUCUACGCGAAUCCGCAGUUUGCUUACUUUAUCCGCCAGCAAACCGAUGCAUCUACGGUGGCUGCCGCCGGGGAGCAGGUCGCCGGCUCGGGCGGGGAGGACGUCAAGAGGCUGCUCGGCGAGACCAAGUCUGAACAGGACGCCAUUUCGCUGGUGCAGAACGCCUUCGUCAAGGAGCUCGAGGCCAUGCUGCAGAUGGUCCCCAACACGGUGAAGUCGGAGCGGUCGCUGAUGAGCCUUGGACUCGAUUCGUUGAUUGCUGUCGAGAUAAGGCACUGGUUCCAACGCAUCUUUGAUUUGGAUGUUUCUGUUUUAAGCAUAUUAAAGUACAACAGCGUCGCCGACAUUUGCACCGAUCUCACACGGAAACACUUUAGUCUUCGCGCGAUUUGA